AACUCAAAACCCAAAGAAAUGACACACACCAACUAAUUACAGAGUGCUGUGCAAGAAGAGAUAAAAAGGCGGAUUCUCUUUAGUCAGCAAUCUAUUCUUCUAUUUUCACCAUUUAUACUCCUACUCACUACUUAGGAACAGCAAUUAACAAAAACAUGUUUAAUUAACAUCCAUAUCCAUCCAUUUCUUUUUGAUUGUGACAUGCAAUAAUAUUUAGAGAGAAGUUGGCUCCAAAACUUUGCUCUCAAUUCCCUGAUAGACCAGAGGAGAGAGCGAAACAGUUGGAUUUCGCUCUAGUGCUGAAGAGCAUAAAUCUGCACUGCAAAAAAAAAAAUAAUGACUGGGAACAUCUCAGACAAUGAUAGUGAAAGCUUUAGCUGGAGUAGUGACGAUGAGCUAGAAACAGAGAAAAAACUGUUUGAUCCCGGAACAUCUUUGACUACCCUAAAUGGAGGUGUUUUCACAGGUUCCACUGAGGGAAGCUCUUCUUCCGGGCCUUCCUCAACACUGUUUCGCCAUUUUGUUGAAGCAGGGUUCUCUGAGAAUCUGGUUGCAAAAGCAAUUGAAGAAAAUGGAGAAGGGGAUAUGGACUCCAUUUUGAAUGCUCUUCUAACUUAUUCGGCGUUGGAAAGCUCUCCCUCUGAUGAGCCAGAUAUUGAAAAGCCUUCAGUUAGAAGGCAAAAUGGGGUUUCUGAUGAGAGACUAGAUGAUGUAAAUGGUCAGACUAAUAAUACUGACUCUGAUCAGAAGCUAGAUUUAGAUUCAGAUUACUGGUCCUCCGAUUAUGAAGAAAAUUUUCUUGAAGACUUUUCUGAUUCAGACAGUGAUCCUGGAAUGGAGUUGCGGGAAACAUCUGCUACUUUAUCAGAUAAGGAGAAGAAAAUAAUUUUUUUGGCUGAUAUGGGUUAUCCGGUGGAUGAAGUAUCAAUAGCAAUGGAAAGAUGUGGCCCAGACUCUUCGAUUGAAGAGUUGGCUGACUUCUUAUGUGCUGCACAAUUGGCAAGGGCAUCAGAUGCUUCAUAUGUAGAUCCACCAAAGCCAAAGCUUUAUGGGGUUUAUGCUAAACAUAAGAGGAGGAAGCUAUAUGAGUAUGAGAUGAGGAGGAAAAAGCAAAAGUCAUUUCUUGAAGAAGAUGAGCCAAUUCGUCUUCCCAAACCGAUGAUAGGAUUUGGCGUUCCUAAUAUGGCACUCCCUGAAUUUCGUAGAACACUACCAGAGGCAGCCUUAUCUCCUCCAUACUUCUAUUAUGAAAACGUGGCACUUGCUCCGAAAGGAGUUUGGGACACAAUCUCCCGCUUUUUGUAUGAUGUGGAGCCUGAGUUUGUUGAUUCCAAGUACUUCUGUGCUGCUGCAAGGAAGAGAGGAUAUAUUCAUAACCUCCCAACAAAUGACCGAUUCUCACUUCUUCCUCUGCCACCUCGUACCAUCCAUGAGGCUCUGCCUUUGACUAAGAAGUGGUGGCCACAUUGGGAUGGAAGAACAAAGCUCAAUUGCCUACAAACUGCAACUGCUAGUGCAAAAUUGACGGAGAGGAUCCGUAAAGCUCUUGAAGAUUUUGAUGGUGACCCACCUCUACAUGUUCAGAAGUACGUGCUUGAUGAAUGUAGGAAAUGGAAUCUAGUUUGGGUAGGGAAAAAUAAGGUUGCUCCACUUGAACCUGAUGAAGUAGAAAUGCUGUUAGGAUUCCCUAGAAAUCACACAAGAGGAGUAAGUAGGACUGAUAGAUUCAAGUCACUCGGAAACUCUUUCCAGAUUGAUACAGUUGCCUACCACCUUUCUGUUUUGAAAGAUUUGUUCCCAGAUGGUAUCAAAGUGCUUUCACUAUUUUCUGGGAUAGGGGGUGCUGAAGUUUCCCUCUACCGUCUGGGCAUACCUCUAAAAGUCGUGGUGUCAGUUGAAAUAUCGGAAGUGAAUCGAAACAUUGAAAGGAGUUGGUGGGAACAAACUAACCAAAAAGGUAUCUUGGUAGAGAUUGCUGAUGUACAGCAGUUGACUAAUGAUAGGUUGGAGCAGUUGAUAAGUUCAUUUAGGGGCUUUGAUCUUCUCAUAGGAGGAAGCCCUUGCAACAAUCUUUCAGGUAGCAAUAGGGUAAGUAGGGAUGGGCUCGAGGGUAAGGAAUCCUCGCUUUUUUUCGAAUAUAUCCGCAUUUUAGACACGGUUAAGUCUAUUAUGGGGAAAAAACAAUGACCAUUUGUAAUCUACAAUUUUUCCCGAUGUAAAUUUAGUAAGUGGAUUAUAAAAGUCUUGGUAUUAACUUA